AUGACCACCCCAGAAUAUGACUAUUACGACUUGACCUCUGAUUACAGUUUGGAGCACACAUCCGACUACUCCAGCAUUCCCAUCAAGUGCGAAGCAGGGGAUCCCCAAAGCUUUAUCAAUGUCUUCCAGCCCUGCAUCCUGGCUGUCAUCUUUGUUCUGGGAAUGAUGGGCAACAUCUUGGUCCUGAUCAUCUACACACUCUACCGGCGGUUAAAAUCCAUGACCGACGUCUUCCUCCUAAACCUGGCUCUGGCUGACCUGCUCCUGCUCCUCACACUUCCGUUCCGAGCGGCAGACGCACGCCACGGCUGGCUCUUCGGAGGCUGGUUGUGCAAGGCGGUGCGCAGCCUUUAUAGCAUCAACUACUACAGCGGCUUCCUGUUCCUCACCUGCAUCAGCGUCGACAGGUACAUAGCGAUAGUCCUGGCCACCGUCGCUCACAAACUCAGACCGCAGACGAUUUUCUACAGCAAGGUCAGCUCAGCCCUUGUGUGGCUGGUCUCCGUGGUUAUGAGUGUGCCGGAAAUGGUUUGGAGCAAAGUGGUGAAGCUAGAUGACCUGCACUGUGAGAUGAUCCUGGACGUGGAAGACAAGCUCGUAAAAGCCGCCACCCAGUUCGCGCAGGUGACGGUCGGGUUCUGGCUCCCGUUUGGCGUCAUGCUCUUCUGCUAUUCACUCAUCACCAGGACCCUGUUAAAUGGAAGGAGCUUCCAAAAGCACAAAGCCCUGAAAGUCAUCUGCUCACUGGUGCUUCUUUUUGUCCUCUUCCAGCUGCCCUACAGCGUCGUUCUGUUCCUCAAGACCACCGACUGGCUAGGGAGCAAGCAGGUGAACUGCGGUGUUUGGGGAGCCAAGCAUGUGGCAGAGGACGUGACCCGCAGCCUGGCGUUCCUCCGCUGCUGCCUCAACCCGCUUCUCUACGGGUUUGUGGGGGUCAAGUUCCGCAGCGACGUCCUGCUGAUACUCAGGGACCUCAGGUGUACGAGCCGGUCCCAGCACAACUGUCAUGUCAGGAGCCUCCCAGGCAGCAGCAACAGGUUUUCAUCAGCCUCUAACCGAAAUACAGAGUCGUCCUCCGUGUUCUCUGUGUAGCUUUUUCGUUGUAAGGCUGUGCUGAUAUUCGUGAUUGGCUUUAAGAAGCAUUUAUGGGCAGGCAUGAAAGAAAUCCAUUCAUUAAGGUGUAGAUUUCAAAACAAGUUAAAAGGUACAACUUCAAUAAUGUGACUUGUAAUAUUUAUUAUUCCACAAAAUAGUCAGUGUUUCAAUUUUAUUAUGUUACAAAUUAAUUUUGUUGUGUCAUGUAACAUUUAUUUUGACCACCAGAGGGCACCUUUGGCGAAUGCUUUGACGUCACUGUAAUGUUGACCUUUAUUAAUAACAGUUACUGCUUCAUAUUAAAAGGGUUUUGAAAUAGCCUGGCUCUAUUUGACUUUAUAUAUUUACAUGGUGUCAUUUGAACCCUUUCAGUCCUGAAUUAUUGGUGUCAAGCUGAAGAAAAAACUCAGACUGAGGUUCCAACGUGAUUUCCGACGGCACUAAGAUAAGAAUGGACCUUGAUGGUAACUCAGACCCCAAUGCAUUCUGGUACCUUUUACCUGUCUCAGGUACCUUUCACAGCAGGACUACG